GCAGUUGAUUUCCUGUUGCCUGCUUUUGAGUUAUUGUUUCUUUUAGAAUCGCAGAAUAUUAGGAUGUUAAAAAAAAAAGUCCGUAGGAAAGGCAACAGCUUAAGUUUUUCUACAGAACUGUAAAAUGAAUGGGGAAGUUCGUGACGUAUUACGGGGAAAAAAAAGGCAGUUACAAUUAGUAUUAGUAGCCGCGUGUUGUGUAACAAGUUGGGGACGUGGUGAAGAAAAAGUGACUUUAUGUCCUCGAAUUUAGUCAUGCAGAGUGAAAAAGACACUUAAAAUAAUUUCAUAUAAUUUACAGUUGUAAAAAGUCUCUGUGAAAGGAAUACCAGGUGCUAUGAGAACAUAAGGGACUAAUAAUAGUGCGUAGAGUUGAAGAACGUAAACACUAAUUUUGAUUUUACAGGGCAGUAGGUGAAGGGAUAGAAAAGAUCAGAGAAUGGCCUGAAACUGAUCCAUAAUGGCUACCCUGAUCUUUGUUGAUAAGGAAAAUGGAGAACCGGGCACCCGUGUGGCUCCCAAGGACGGGCAGAAGCUGCGGUCUAAGCCUCCAGUCAAAACUUUAGAUGGGAGAUCUCAGGUUUCAACACCACGUGUAGGCAAAAUGUUUGAUGCUCAAGCAACCUUGCCUAAAGUUACCAGAAAGGCUUUGGGAACUGUCAACAGAGCCACCGAAAAUUCAGUAAAGAACAAUGGACCUCUCAAACAGAAGCAGCCAAACUUCUCUGCCAAAAAGGUAACUGAGAAGACUGUCAAAGCAAAAAACACUGUUCCAGCCUCGGAUGACACCUAUCCUGAAAUAGAAAAAUUCAUUCCCUUCAAUCCUUUAGAUUUUGAGAGUUUUGACCUGCCUGAAGAGCACCAGAUUGCACACCUCCCCUUGAAUGGAGUGCCUCUCAUGAUCCUUGAUGAGGAGAGGGAACUUGAAAAGCUGUUACACCUGGGCCCCCCUUCACCUCUGAAGAUGCCCUCUCAACCAUGGGAGUCUAAUCUGUUGCAGUCUCCAAGCGUUCUGUCGACCCUGGAUGUUGAAUUGCCACCUGUUUGCUAUGACUUAGAUAUUUAAAUUUCUUAGCACUUAAUAGUUUGUAUGUUUUGUAUUAAUAAAGAAAUUCUUUAAUAGACUCUUCCUAA